CAUUUUCUCAUCAUACAAACAAGAAUUCUCUAAAACCCACUUUCAGUUUUCAUUACCCAAAUGGCUCGUACGAAGCAAACCGCUAGAAAAUCCACGGGAGGCAAGGCACCAAGGAAGCAAUUAGCCACAAAAGCCGCUAGAAAAUCAGCUCCAGCAACCGGCGGAGUCAAGAAGCCACACAGGUUCAGGCCGGGAACCGUGGCGUUGCGCGAAAUCCGAAAGUACCAGAAGAGUACCGAGCUCCUGAUAAGGAAACUCCCAUUCCAAAGGCUGGUGAGAGAAAUCGCCCAGGAUUUCAAGACCGAUCUGAGGUUCCAAAGCAGCGCUGUGGCGGCUCUUCAGGAGGCGGCUGAAGCAUACUUGGUUGGGCUUUUUGAAGAUACCAAUCUGUGUGCAAUUCACGCUAAGAGGGUCACCAUUAUGCCUAAGGAUAUCCAAUUGGCUCGUAGGAUUAGGGGCGAGAGGGCUUAGAGUUGUUAUCUUAGUUUUACUAUUUAUUUUAUUGUUUAAAGCAGUGGGAAAUUAGUCUUAGAGUUGGUUUAAGGUUAAUGUCUCAUUAAUACUAAGUGUUUGUUCAGAGUUUUAUUGGAAAUGCGUUUUUUUAUUAUUGCUAUGAACUAC